AUGUAUGACUCGACCGGGGUGGGACAGUGGCGUAGAACCAGGCUGGUCGAAGCAGCGGCCAGCAGCCGAGUUUCGAAGGACGGAGGUCCUCUUUGGGGCUGCGCAGGCCCCCUCGGCGCAGCAGGGUCGAUCCUCAGCCCGAACGCGCCGUUUGACCCCUUGUCCCAGAUCGCUUUCACCCGAGCCAACUCCCAGAGUCAACCGUUACCGAACUCAUCGUCACUCGGCGUGAUCACAUCUUCCAACCGGGCCGCGAACGGUGCUGACGCGGUGGUGCAGUACCGUGACUCUGCGGCAGCAGCACCAGAGGGAGAAGCGGCCACCGCGAAAUCCGCCGCCGCCACACUCCGGGUUCGAAGUGGCAUACUGAAGCGACCUCCGCCGCCCCUCAUCUCCGCGCCACACCUGCUAGCGUUAAGGCACAAAACGAAAGACUUAUUCUUCUCCAUCAACAACAAUGCCAGUAAUCACCACCACAAUCCGCACCACCCCGCCCACUCGCCAUUCACCGCCAGUCACCUGUUUUCGUCGCUCUGCGGCAGCACAACCCACAACAACAACAACGAAGAUGACGAGGAAGCGGACGUUGUUGCGUUAGCCAACAACAACAACAACAUUAGCAUAGCCAACAAUAACAACUACCUGAGCAACGAUGUCGAGUCCAAGUCCAGUACCUUCCGGGAGUCGCCCUUUCCCAUGUACAACUAUUGUGUUCAACAGAGUCCCACCUCGGGCCUCUUUCCGCCGCCCUUCGGGCCCUUUGGCCACCACCUGCCGGCCCUCUCCCCGCAGGACAUUGGCCGCCAUUCACCGCCGAAUCCCUUCCUCGAUCUCCACCACCAGCCUUCGGCGGGCAACUCCGCGACGGUGGGGACACCCGCGUCCUCGCCCCUGCAACAUCCCGUGCCAACAGCAGUACUAAGUUCCAAGCUGAUGCCGCCGUCGAUUCCGUUGGCCGCGUCGAUAGCCUCGAUUGCGUCGAGUCUUCCGAAGAAUCACCCGCUGAGCGAGUCAGCUUCGGCUGCGGCGGCCUUCCACCGGUUAUUGCAUCAACAUCCGGGAAGCGCCGCUUCGUCAGCGGCAUCCGGAAUUGCGGCCGCCGUGGCCGCCAGUCGUGCCUUACUGGAAGCCCAGCAUCGCAGCCAACAUCGGAGUCUCAGUCCGGUGGACCGAAUCAAGUCGGAGCGGACGGAUUUUUCCCUGUCGCCGAGGCCACCACCCGACGAUGGGGACGGAGGGAAGGGUUCUGGGUCCGGGACCGGUGGUACCAAGAACCGAAAAAUACACCGUUGUGACGCCACCGGCUGCGACAAGGUGUACACCAAAAGUUCCCACCUGAAGGCGCACAAGCGGACGCACACAGGUGAAAAGCCAUACAUCUGCACCUGGGAGGGCUGCGUGUGGCGCUUCGCCCGGUCGGACGAGCUGACGCGGCACUACCGGAAGCACACCGGCCUCAAACCGUUCCGCUGCAAGCUGUGUACACGUUCCUUUAGCCGCUCGGAUCACCUGUCGCUGCACAUGAAGCGACACUGAUUGUGUUGUGUUUGGCACUCUUCAGAGCUACUUUCGAUGAAAUUAUUAGCUGUUAAGUAAAACCAUCCACAAACUAUUUGCAGCAAUUGAGUGGGCAAACACACUACAACUAUUCCUAAAAGAGUUAACUUACUUUUUGUGUUGAAACGAAACGCGAUAAUACUCUCUGCCAACGAAUGAAAGCGAAUCUAUUCCAUACAACUAACUAAAUAGCUAAAUAUUUAGGCGUUAGGAGACAACAAAUGUGAAUCUCAUUGUUAUACGUUCUUAAAAGUGCUCUCUCUGUUUAAGUUAUUUCAGCUCUCUAGAGAAAGAAAAUGUCUGUGGGAAUUAAUCAUUUCGAAUUUACUUUACAACAGUCUACAAACAAAAUUGACUAUAAAAUUUACAGAUAUAAUCAACAAGUAUUAACAAAAGACAGUGCCAUCAACAAGGUUAAUGCGACAGCAUGCCCUAAACUCAUU